CUGAUUUAUAUUUUAUACUUUAUAAAACUAUAAUCUACGAAUACAAUGAACGUAAAUAUUCCUACGCUUAUAAAACAUAUUCUAAACGGUACAUUUUGUCAGGAGGUAUGUCGAAUCUGCCUUUUGCCUUUAGAAGACUUAUACGAAGAUGUAUUCACGAAGAUAUGCAAAGAAAAGGAGGAAUAUUGUGUAGCGGAUAUUCUAGAAGAAGUUUGUCGUAUAAAGCUUGAUCCAUCAGAGGAAUUUAAAGUUUGUUCGAAAUGUUUCAUUGCGGCUAGUGAGACGUACAAAUUUUACCUACAGACAACACAAAAUCAGGAGAUCCUAAACUAUUACGUUGACAAACUCAACUCACAAGCAGAUAUUACGAUUCCUGAAAAUUUUAAGAUGGAAAACAUAUGUUUUUCUCUCCCCAUUUUCAUUCCGCAAACUAUGAUAUUUAACAUUGAAUACUAUGAUACACUGAAGCAUCCAUUUAAAAAAAUAUCUGACUCAAAGUCGAAAAAAGAGAAGAAGAAUCAAAUAAAUAAAGAGAAGAAAGCAAAAAAAGUGCUUAUUAAACCAAAGUUGAAACGUAAUAGAGGACCAAUGGCAUAUAAGUCUUGCAGUAGAUGUCCUGUAAGUUAUAGGUUUGUCAGAAAGCUCCAGGAACACAUGAAGUCAGAUCACGGAGUCACAUUGCACAUCUGUCAGGUAUGCCAAGCUCUCAUAGAGGAUGAAAAUGAGUAUCACACUCAUCUAUCCACCCAUACGGAUAUACACAAAUGCGAACACUGCAAUAUGGUGUUCAAGAAACGGAGCACGAUCAUCAAACAUCUGAAAUGCCACGAGAAUGCUCAAACACACAUCUGUGAUGUGUGCGGAGUUGUGUUUGCUACUGAAAAUGAUUUAGAUGAACACAUGGACAAGCACAAUCACAAAUAUACAUGUUACUACUGCGGUAAAAGAUAUAGGAUACAGUUGAGUUUUGAAAUGCACAUCAGGAAACAUGAAAUGCAUUUACAGGGUGAAUUACAAAAUGCCCAAAAGGUAAUCAAGUCGAAACACACAUGCAAGGAGUGCGGUAAAAAUUUUGUCGAUGAGCGCUCCCUACUGUGGCACGGUAGACUUCACGCUGGGGAGAAACCAUACAAGUGUCAAGUUUGUGGACGUGGUUUUGUGUCUGUGAACCGACGGAACCAGCAUGCGUUGUGCUCGCAUACAGCGCCCACGAGACAGUGCCCAUUGUGUCCUGCGCUGUUCCAUCUACGGUCUAUGGUCAAUACGCAUAUUAAAAGGGUACACCUACGGACGAAUAAGCGGCGUAACCGACAUUGCAAAAAGAGGGAUGUGUUUUGGAAGACCGAGACAGUGCCGCUACAAGAACUCAGUGUGUCCGUACAAAAUGAAGUGUUGAAACUUAAGACUGCAAAUCAUUAGUUUUAUAUAAAGAGGGCGACUAACCCAAAAAACCAAACAUCGUCCUUCUC